CAUCAGUUCCGCUUUCUACAAGCUUCGCCCUUUGGUUCCUGUUCAAAAAUGACAAGCCCCGCGUGUAGGCAUGUGGUGACGUUUCAGACAGGAUCAAACUGUUCCUUACACAUAGGCAAGAGAAGAAAACCAACUCUACUGAUUGGGCCGCAUAGAAAAAUUCGUGAAUAGCACCACUUUCUUAGCAUUUCUGGGAUUUGGUGUAACACGCAAGUUGGGAUGCCGUGUGGCACAUGACAAUUUCUUGGUAUUUGCUAAAAAUAAGAAUUAAAAAGACAGCAAAACGCUUGAGCUGCAGAUUUAUGAAAAGAGCAAUGGUGCAGUAAUGUCAGAGCACCUGUUGAACACCCUGUGACCUUCACCUCCUCGCACGUCCUGUAACUACUGAAAAUGGCCUUGAGAGUCCUGAUUUCCCUCUCUAUCAUCCUUCCUCUGUUGAUGACCGUCUGUGUCUCCAAUCAUACAGACCUUCAAGGAGUCCUCAUUGUGGGAGCUGAAAAAGUGAACAGCGUUGAAAACUGUACAGGAGCCUGUAAUGAAACAAGGGAAACAGGUAACAGAACAUGCAACUGGCCAGUGUUUGAUAAUGCAAAAAGCCUAUGCAUCUAUUUAAACUGUUCCAAUCUAUCCAUAUGUCACACUCUAACUGCUGAAAAUUUAAGCUCAGCUAUACCGCCAACCAAAGUGCCAGCAGUGUUGGCAGUGACAGUACCCACUGUCCCAGCUAGAACAAACUCCACUUCCACUGUAUCCUCACUCACCAAUUCCACAGCAACAACAGCAGCCACCACAAGAAGCCAGGCAUCCCUAACAAAUGGAUCAUCCCAAACAAAUUCCACCAGCCUCCACACCACAGCAUCUGGAAAUGAAAGUGGCCAUUCAUCAUCACCACCCCUGAACAUGACUACAGCAACAUACUACACUGAGCCUUCUGCAACCAGCCCUACCUCGCCAAACCCACCUCCCACUACUAAUGCAGUACCAAGCACAACCCCAAACACAACCCUAAACAAGACACCAGUGGAACCCACUUUAUCAACAGACAUGUCAUCCCCUGCAAGCCACACAACCCUGGCUGUGAUCCCUGCAUCCACAACACCAAUGCAGCAGGAAAGUACAUCUGCUGCUCUGCGUGCGGUAGAUACAACCAUUGUAAGUGAAACCACCAGUAGUGCAAUCCCAACCACUACUGCUGAAGCAACUACACAGCAGGCAGCCCAAACCACACAGGAAUAUACUUCUACACCCAACAAGAAGCAACCACCCCCUUCAACAGCGGCCUUGAACCCACCAACAACUAUGGAGAGUGCAGCAACCACAACUCUGCUAAAAUACGUGUCAAAAAGCCCCCCGGAUAAAACCACGUUGGCAGAUAGCAGUGUUUUGAUUGCCGUGGGCCCUCUCGCAAUGCAGUUGAUGGAUACCAGCUCGCUGUUAGCUGUGUUUUUCUUUGGAGUGUUGUUUUUCCUGCUUACCAUCAUAUUGUUUGUCUCCCUAGCCUACGAGAGCUAUAAGAAGAAGGACUAUACGCAGGUGGACUAUUUAAUUAAUGGAAUGUAUGCAGAUUCUGGAGUGUGACGAUAUUGGGUAAUAAAAUUCUUUGUUUUUUUCUUUUUUCACUUAUUGAAAAGUUUUUCCUUCAUCAGUGCUUCCAGACUACCCUUUGACUCGGCAGAGCAGUUGAUAAUUGCCUUUUUGGAUUUUUUAUUGUGCCAACCUGCUCUCUUGCUGACAAAGCCAUAGGAAUGUGUUUUUUCUUUAUUUUGUUUUUGACAUUCAGUUUGUUGAAAUGGAUGUUGUACGCUAACCUAUGCACAAAGCAUCCUUAUGAACAUGUUUGCUUAAAGCCAUUUAGAAGAGGAUGACACUGAGCAAUUUAAUGCAUUCCUUGAACAAUGAAACUGUGUUUAGAAGGGUAUUUUAUUAACGUCACAGAUUCACAUUUGAAUACCCAUAAUGUGCCAACUAGCAUCUGUAAUUUCUAUACUGGGUUUUGCAAUAAAGCAAAAAUAGUAUAAUUCUCUGUGUUUCAUUCAUGUAUUAAUCAAUACAUUUACAUAGAAUUAAUUAGAGGAAAAUAUGCUCAGAAUUUGUAUUUUGUCAGUAAUGUUGUUUUUCUGGAGUACUGUAGUCGGUAUUUGAAUAGAGCAGCCUUUCACAUCCAGUCAACUAAUAAUUAAAAAUCCUUUCAAUUUCAUGUCUGUUGUAUAGGGACUCUGUGCAGUUAGUUUCUGUGGCCUUAGCCCAGUUCCUAGUAAACGGAUCACUCAAAUAUUGUGCUUUUCCAAGUUUUUUUUUCAGUCUGUGUUAAGGUGCUUUUAAUGAAUUCCAGAACUGCUCUUAUGUUCUAGUUGCGUGCCAUAGACAUGUCUUUAUAUCAGUAAGUGCCAGCGCCACCUUGCAGUGCUCUUCAUUACCAGUAAAACAAAAGGAAACUUGGGCCAAAGUGACAGAUCACUAGAUUUACAUAAAAGAAAGACAUUGAUCUUGCAUAAGUUACUAGGCCAAGGUUUGGAUAUGCAAGGAAAUUAACCUAACCUCUCACCCGCUUAGAGGGCUCCCUCCUGAGCUGGGCUGUUGGGCCUGUGCUGUGAUCACUCCUUGGAAUAAACUUUGGUUUUUAAGGGCCUUCAAUCCAGCACCUUUCCCAAGCACUAGAAUUUAAUUUAACGGGGUCCCCGAGUGGCUCAUCCAGUUAAAGCAAUGCUGCCGCUGGGAGCGCAAGAUGAGUCACACAGCUUGGACGGUGCCAGUUCGCAUCCAUGCUGUGCAAAGAGGCCGAACUUUGCUGGGGACACCCGAGGAGGACGUCACAUUGGCUCUGACGUGGGGGGCGGGAAACCGGCAGGGAUUGCUUCUCCUCAUCGUGCAACAGAAAACCCUACUGGCCAGACGCUCAGCACACUCAGAGUGGAUAAGAGGCAGGGCUGGUCUCUGUUCUCCCUGGGGUCAGUAGCCUGUCCACCUCUGCUCUGGAUUGCUCUGCGUAAAAACGAUUCUGACUUUAGGCUUGUGAGAUUGGAGGACGCUCGCACACCCUCAGAACGUCUGUGCUGUGUGGGGACUCAAUGCGGUGAGGAGAAGAAACACAUUCGUAUGUUCCAAAUUGGGGGAGAAAUAAAUAAAAAUUGGUCACUCUAACUUAAAAAUAAAUAAAUACAUUUAAGAGGGGAAAAACAAAAAGCAAAUGCAGCUGUGUUACCAUAAUUAAAACAAUGGCUGUAGCAUAACUGGCAUUCCUAUUGUAUGGGUGGGAAUGAGAUGAGAUGUGGUGGUGGUUCUGGUUGUAAUAAGGGAUCUGGAAAUGUAACUGUCUAAAAAACAGAAAAUGAAAGUGCAAGCAGCCACAGGGAAGGCCAAACACCUUUAUGAGCAUCACAGUAGGGGGUCUCUUUUAGCGGGAAAGAAAAAAACAUUGAAAAUUGCACACCUGCAACAAUAACAUAGCCUCCCUUCUUCGUUAUUGGGCAGAUAACCACCAAACAAUACCAGAACUCUGGCUACACUAUUCAGUUAUUGAAGACCUUGGAUCCAGACACUUGCUUUUGAUAUAACGCAGUAACAAAUAUAAUGAUCGUAUCUCAAUAUUUCAGGGCUAAAAUCCAGGCCUUAUUAACCCCCUCCUCUAAUAUAGCCCCCAUCCUUUUAGUCGAGGAAAAAUAAUGUCAACUGCUCAGGUAAUGUCAAAAAAUGCGUUUCUGUUUAAAUGUUAUGGUAAAAAUGUUACACUUUUUUCUGUAUUUAAAAUGCACAUAUUUUAAGACUGGAUAGAAAUGAUUUGCUGAGAAAAGCCCUGGAAAUCUCAUUCGUAUUUGUUAUACAGUAUGGCCUCUUUUGAAAUGUUUCCAUUUCGAAAUGAAAAGUUACACACAAUAGGGCUGAAUUCUCAAAACUGUUUACUCCAAAUUGUCAUUAGUGCAAUUUUUGUCUGAGUAAAUAGCUGUGAGAAUCUGGCCCACACUUGUGCUUAUUCAGUAAAAGAGCCUUUUCUCCCAUUGUACCACAUACAUACAUACAGCUAUGGCCAAAAGUUUUUGUAUCACCCUAUGUAAUUAACUAAUUUUGCUUCAUAAAGUCAAAUGAAACAUGCUGAAUAAUGUUACGUUAGCAUAUUGAAUUACAUACCACUGUAGUUUUCCCAUAUACAAAUUGAAAAAUGUGACAUUUCGAAAUCUAACAUGCAAUACUGUACUACUAUUAUGGCUUCCAGUAGACUUUUGCAAUGUAAUGUUUGUAGUUUCUUUUGAUUUACAAUAAAAAAUCUAAAUGUUCAUAUAGUAUUGGUGGUGUUGGUGUUGUUUUUUUUAAUUGUCUCAAUCCUAAAAUUAUAGGUGAUGGAAACCUUUGGCCAUAGCUGUACAAACAUACAUGUUGGAGGUAAUAUGUUGUGAAUGCUGUAAUAUGACACUGCUUUGUGUGUAAACCAACAGAUACCAUCUCUGUUUACUGGAUAUAGCUGGUCUCCACAUUCUUUCCAAUUAUAUCAGUCAUGUGUAACUCAAUCUUAAACCUCAAUCUGUGCCACUGCCUGCUAGCUUUAAUCAGAAUACAUAAAUGAGGCAAAGGAUGGUGUAAUAUUUUACAGCAUUAAUCCUAUAAAUGCUGUAUAUUGUUAUGGAGAGAGGUUUUUUU